AUGGCCAUCAAGGACAAUCACCGUGUGGCCUUGGACGUAACUUUUGGGAGCAAAUGUGCAAAAUGUGGCAGACAUAUUGGUUCAGGAGACUGGGUACGACGUGCAAGAGAAAGAAUUUAUCACUUGGCAUGUUUUGCGUGUGAUGCUUGCUCUCGUCAAUUAUCAACUGGUGAACAAUUCGCUAUAAUUGAUGCGAAAUUACUGUGUAAGGCACACUACUUAGAUGUUGUAGAGGGAAACAAUACAUCAUCCUCAGAAGACUGUGACUCAGAACACGGGUGCAAAGGAAACAAAACAAAACGGGUACGGACAACUUUUACUGAAGAACAGUUGUCUGUUUUACAAGCAAACUUUCAACUAGACAGCAACCCUGAUGGACAAGAUUUAGAAAGAAUAGCUCAUGUUACAGGAUUGAGUAAGAGGGUAACUCAAGUAUGGUUUCAAAAUUCAAGAGCAAGACAAAAAAAACAUAGUGGAAAGAUUAAAUCUCAAAAUGAUUGGUGAAAAACAAAUUGUGAUAUUCUGAAGCUUACACA